AAAAAAAGUCACAUGUUUGCAUCAGUGAAGCAUUCUCAUUCUUCAAUUGAAAAUCUUUAAUUCUAGAAAGAGAGAGAAUCAGAAUCAGUCAGAGGGGGGAAGGCUUUGGUUCGGUCGACUUCUGGUACGCUUCGUUUGCGUUCAUUCUCGAACAGAUGAACAUUGACAUUGAUAGCAGCGUCGAUUCGGACGAUGAUCAGGGGAACGAAUUGUUUACUCCCAUCAGGGGACGAAGAACUUCGCUUGUGCAAUAUUUCUCUCCCACGCCCUCUCGCUCUGUGGAGACCGAUGAAACCGCAUCAGAAACAGGAGUUCCGAACACGUUGCCAAAAUUGCAGGACACGUCGUGGUUGGGGGCGCGAAUGUCACCGAUACCUAGGGACGGCGAUAAUCUACUCCGAAACCACAAGAGCAGUAGCAGCAACAAAAAUAUCAGCAAUGCUAACAACAAGGCUACGGUUGAAGGAGACGAAGACAACAGCAACAGCAAUGACACCGUCGGGGUGUCGUAUCGUUCGGGUUUAACGCAAACAUCGGUGUCGGGGGCAUCGUGCGGAGCUGCCACCGAGGCCUUGUUUCUGAGACUAGACGACACAGACGAUAGCAAUCAGGGCCACCUUCGGUAUUUCGACCGGCCAAAGGUCGCGACACACAAUGUCGUUGGAUUGGGAUCGCCGUCGUCGUCAAGGGGAUACGUACGGCCUCGUCCAACCCUUUUGCUUCAUCCUCGCACGACUGCAACAACUAGAACCCAUGGCACCAGUCAAAGCCAUCGCCAACAACAACAAUAUCAGCAAAGUCGUCGCCGAAGACGAUUGUGGAAUCCGUUCGAACGAGUGUUCCGGGCAUUCCGCCCAAAACACACAAGCAACAAGAGCAUGUUCUUGGUCACGGGCACGACGGCAUUGGUUCUUUUUUGUAUUGGACUUCACGACGCGUUUCUGGGCUAUCUUGCCAUGCGGAGGGGGAUAUCUGCUUCCUCACGCAGCGGGUUUGCAUGGUCGCUCCCCUGGAUCGGACCGAGCGCCAGAUCCUUACUCCGAUUCGGGGCAUUUUGCCCAGAGCGCCUGGUGCUCUGUUAUUCGUCGUCGGUAUAUUCGUGGCAUUGCUACUGGAGAUCCGUUGCCUCCUUAUUUGUGGUAACUUCUCUGGUCGAGUGGUUGGUAUUGGUAUGGGUUUGGACGAGGUACCUCCCUACCUCUUGGAACGUAUCGCCAUCUAAUUCUUCGCCAUGGCAGCUUUCUUGGCUGAUUGUGUAUCUGCUGUCUGCGUUUACGGGGCAACUUUGGAUGGUAGUUUUCGAUAUUGGAUAUUUGAAUUCGGGCUCGUCCUACGGCAAGUACAACGACUACAAUCCAUACUCUUCCGACCUUUCGAUGGUUCCGGCUGCCUCCGGAUGUGCCGGCUGGGCAACAGCUGGGGUUCUCUGUGCCGUGGGGAUACAGCGACCAAAUCGACGGUUUCCGUGCUUUCUUUCGGCCAUUGUGCUGGUCUUGCUCCAUCAGUGUCAAAGCACGGGUUCGGUUGUGGGGUGUUCGUCGGCUUCUUUUUUUGGCUGGGCUUUUUCGGGGAUGUGGUCGACAACAGCAAGUCAUUAUGCGCGUGGUCAUGGACGAGGCAGUUACAGCACUACUGACCACCAGGAUUUGCUAGAUCUCGAUUUUAGCCAUCGAAAUGUGAACAACAAUACAUAUCACGAGAUGCAGGUGAAUAACGAUCACGUGGGGAAUAACAGCAGCAGCAGCUACAACGAAAGUGACUACCGCUGCAAUCUGUGGAAUGGAUUUGCUGCUGGUAUUGUGUUUCUGUUGUGGCUUUUGCCGAUACUAUUCUUUCUGUAUCGGUAGAUAGAUAGAAUUAAAAAAGCAAAAAUAGAAUAACUUAAUAAAG